AUGGCUGAAGGGGAAAUCACAACCUUCACAGCCCUGACCGAGAAGUUUAACCUGCCUCCAGGGAAUUACAAGCAGCCCAAACUCCUCUACUGUAGCAACGGGGGCCACUUCCUGAGGAUCCUUCCAGAUGGCACAGUGGAUGGGACAAGGGACAGGAGUGACCAGCACAUUCAGCUGCAGCUCAGUGCGGAAAGCGUGGGGGAGGUGUAUAUAAAGAGUACGGAGACUGGCCAGUACUUGGCCAUGGACACCGACGGGCUUUUGUACGGCUCACAGACACCCAAUGAGGAAUGCUUGUUCCUGGAAAGGCUGGAGGAAAACCAUUACAACACCUACGCAUCCAAGAAGCAUGCAGAAAAGAAUUGGUUCGUUGGUCUCAAGAAGAACGGAAGCUGCAAACGCGGUCCUCGGACUCACUACGGCCAGAAAGCAAUCUUGUUUCUUCCCCUGCCAGUCUCCUCUGAUUAA